ACCACUUCCUCCAUGAACUUGCCCAGAGAUGAACGCCUUCGCUCCACACCGCCGCGCAGGCUCCGGAGCUCCGACCGGGAAGACGGUGAGAUCGAUGUCCUGGGAGAAGAGGAAGAUGGAGACGAGGAAGAGGAAGACGAGGACGCUGAGGCGAGCCAGCGGUUCCUAGAGCAGCUGCACCAGCCGGGGCCUCAGCAGGCGCGGCCGGGCGCCGGCGCGAUUUCCCGAGAGUGCACCGAGGGCGGCGGAGGCACCAAGUUCCGGGCGUCGACCUGCUCUGUGGCGGCCUCUGGGGACGCCCCGCAGCCGGCGAAGCCCCCCUACUCGUACAUCGCGCUCAUCACCAUGGCCAUCCUGCAGAGCCCGCACAAGCGUCUCACGCUCAGCGGCAUAUGCGCCUUCAUCAGCGGCCGCUUCCCCUACUACCGCCGCAAGUUCCCGGCCUGGCAGAACAGCAUCCGCCACAACCUGUCGCUCAAUGACUGCUUCGUCAAGAUCCCUCGCGAGCCGGGCCACCCGGGAAAGGGCAACUACUGGAGCUUGGACCCCGCAUCCCAGGACAUGUUCGACAACGGCAGCUUCCUCCGGCGCCGGAAGCGCUUCAAGCGCCUCCACCCGCCCCCGGGAGCCCACCUGCACCACCCCUUCCCUCUGCCUGCUGCGCCCGCCGCCCUGCACGGCCCCUAUCCGGGACUGCUGCUCGGGUCCCCGGCCCCGCCGCAGCCUGUCCCAGGGGCCUACCCAGCUGCCGCCCCCGGGGGCCGCCCGUGCGCGCUGUUUCACCCUCAUCCCCCUCGCUACCUGCUGUUAUCCGCCCCGGCCUAUGCUGAGGCCCCGAGGAAAGCGCAAGACUCAGACAUGGCCACUCCCGGCGCUUUCCAGGCACUGCAGCCCUCGCAGGGUCCGCAACCUUGGGAGGAGGGCAAGGGGCUGGCGUUGCGGCCGGGGGGCGGAUGCACCUCCUUCAGCAUUGAAAAUAUCAUGCGAAGUGUCCGAGGAAGGGCUACGGGCGCCGCACAGUUUCAGCCCUCGACCUCGUGGGGCUACUGCCACCUGCUGCAGCGCCCGUCGUGCCUGUUGCAUCCCCAGGCCGCUUGCCCCUUGCUGCAGGCGUCCGCCGCCGCCGCCGCCCGGACGAUUUUGCAGCAGCCGCAAGAGCAGCAAGGGGACUCGGCCAGCAGCUGCGCUCCCAAUAAGGGCGCACAGCUCGGGAGGCGCCUCUCGGUCGCCCAGAUGCUGGGGAGUCAGCCGGGGGCAGAGAGCUCCAGGCUGACGUCGAUGGUCGCCCUUUUGGGCACAGAAGAUAGCUCGCCCGUCUUUUGAGUAGGACUCACACCCUGCUCUGUAGCUGCCUCCGCGGGGCGCACCGCGAGCCAAGCUGGAGGGCAGAGCAACUCCAGGUCCCGCUCUCCACGCGGUCUGCCCUUGCGCACACCACUCUGCUCUGCCAGGACUAGGUGUGUACAUCUGAAUUCUGCAUAAGUGCAUAUUUCAGUUCGCCGCAAAAUAUUUACGAAGGAAAAAUUGGAUUCUGUUCCCUUAAGACAACUUAAACGGAAACUUCCUAUGUCGUCAAGCCUGACCUUUUCUUUUCCAGCCUUCACUUGUGUUUUCUAGGGCUUUUCCGAUUUGCACAUUUCCAGAGGAACUAUGAACGUGAGUGGGGCGUUUUGUUCUGGUAUUUAAAGAAAAACAAAGAAAACACAAUGGCCAAUGCACAACAUGUUUCCUUUUCUUCACUCCUGAGGAACUGCGAAUGUUAUUCCCAAGUGCAAGCUCUCUAAGUCUUUCUGAAAUCGUGUAAUAUAAAUAGAACUUUAAUUUCAGAGCAUUUAUUUCUAAUUUGUGUGUCUGGUGUGUCAUCUUUUGUGGAGAGAUGUUAAAAGUAAACCUAGCUAUACAGACUAAAUAAAAUGCUAAAUCACUACACUACAUCGUCUGUUAUAUUACUUCCCUUUAUUUGCUUUCUAAAUGGAACUCAUUCUAAAACUGUUCUU